CGCGUGGAUCACUGACGCUCAUCGCAGAGUGGGUCGGGCGUGUGCGUGUGUUUACUUCCGGACUGUGAACAGUCUCGCGGCUCCGGCACUGAUCCAGGCUGUCAGCAGCUCGGCAGCCAUACACGGAUUCAUGACAGAGGUUACCGGGGUUGACGGGCGCUUUCCCAACACUCCAGCCUCCCUCGGUGCCACAGCAGCCGGGCCACAGUCGCUCCGCUGCCCCGCUCCUCUCCCCGGUUAUCAAAGUCAUUCAAAGCUCGGAUCCCGCUCUCUGACCUGCCUCCCUCGCUGCUGCCGCUGCUGGCGAGCAAAACAAGGACGCUCGCUCAAACUUUAAGCGGCGUUUGCCUCGGACUCACUCGCAGUCAAGCAGCUGGGACAGAGCACCGGAGGGGAGCGGCAGGCGGUACCAGGGGGAGCCCGAGCAGCGAGGGUGGUGGCCGGAUCCAGGUCGGGGUCGCCUCCGGCUCCUGGUGCCAGCUAACGUUAGCAGCCAUGGAGUGGUUAAUGGGGAAGUCAAAGACGAAGCCAAAUGGAAAGAAGCCUCCAGCAGAAGAGAAGAAGCAAUAUUUGGAGCCAGAGUUCACAAAAAUCCGAGUGGUGGACUUCGAUCUGAAGGAGCUGGUGGUGCUGCCCAGAGAGAUCGACCUCAACGAAUGGCUCGCCAGCAACACGACAACGUUCUUCAAUCUCAUCAACCUGCAGUACAGCACCAUCUCAGAGUUCUGCACUGGAGACACCUGUCAAGCCAUGACGGCAUGCAGCACAAUAUACCACUGGUAUGACGAGAGAGGGAGGAAGACCAAGUGCACGGCGCCGCAGUACGUGGACUUCGUCAUGAGUCUCUGUCAGAAACUGGUCACAGAUGAGGAGAUCUUCCCCACCAAAUACGGCAAAGAAUUCCCCAAUUCCUUCGAGUCGUUGGUGAAGAAGAUCUGCCGGUACCUGUUCCACGUGCUGGCUCACCUCUACUGGGCGCACUUUAAAGAGACGGUGGCUCUGGACCUGCAGGGCCACUUGAACACUCUCUAUGCACAUUUCAUCGUUUUCGUAAGGGAAUUCAACCUGGUGGAUCCCAAGGAGACCUGUAUCAUGGACGACCUGUCUGAAAUCCUUUGCACCCCAGCCCCGCCCGCCUCCACCACGCCGGCGCCCCCCGGCACAGCCCAGGCCCCGUCCCCCUCCCCGUCUUCACAAAACCAAGCGACGGAGAGAUGAGCGCCGGCGGCGAGAUGGCGGCCCAAAGGGGUGAUAGAAGACAAGUUAGCGAGAAGGACAGACCACCUGGACCCGAGCUCGGUGCCAGCGGGACUUAGAGACCCUCCACCACCCUUGUAUUUCGACACCAACCAACCAGCCGAAGGAAGGGGAGGGGGGGCGUUUGACGGGAGUGGGGGGGUUUGGGUGGCAGGAGGGGUUUGUCACGCCAGCAGGAAUUGGCGUGAGCGUUUCCUCUCGGGGGCAAAUCCCUCCCGACUUCUCUGCAAUCUAAACUAGGAACAAAAAAGUACCUUUUAUUUUCUCUUUUAUUUGACUUUUGUUUUUGUUGGUUUUACUUCAGUUCGGAGGGGGCGCGUGCUCUCCUGCUUUCCUCUACCUAACUAUCAGCACAGGAGGGGCUCUGCUUUGCUUCUACUACUAUAGUACACGGGCUCGUCCUCCUCUGCUGGUGCGCCGCUCGCCCGCCCCCCUGACCGGGUGCAUUCAGCCAGUCACUGUCCAGGGUUGUUUUUUGGGCGAGGUGAUCAAAGCGCUUCCUACUCAGGACCUGAGAGAAAACAUUGAUGCUGCCAGACAGAAGGCCACUCUCUCUUCUCUGCUGACCCCUGGCUCCUCCAGGUGUACUGCAGUUGUGUGGGGGCAAAACUGUAACAGCCGCCGACGGCCCGGAGAAACCGAAGUCACUUUAUUUACUUUGAUCAGAGAUAUCGGAGACAAAUAAAAUCAUAGGCAUUUGAUGCAGCAGACCACCUCACCAUCAGCACAGAAGGACAAAGGCAUGACAUCAUGUCUGCAGGCCCCAGGAGGCCGGCGAGGGAGCGUGUGGGCGGGUUCUGCUGCAUCACCCCCACUGACGAAAACCAGUUCACUUUUAUUGAAGUGAAACAAAGAUUGUCGAAACAAUUCGGACAUAAGAAGUAUCAGAUUGUUCACCGUCUGUUUGGACUGUACAAAGAUUUAAAGCAGGUUCUGGCCUCUGUGAGGAGGACUGGGUUCAUGAUUCUCCUUUUUUAUUUAUUUUAAUUUUUGCAGGGUUCUUCAGUUCUGGCUCUCGUUUUUAUGUAUUUUAAUUAUUAACUAAGUUAAAAGCAAUUUAAUAUUUUAAGCUCUGCGGAUUAUAAUCUAAUAAAAGAGAGAAAUGCC